AAUUUUGCACCUUUAAUUUUAAUCAGGUCCGCAUUGUGUUCCAAGGAUUUGGAAAUAUUGUGGAGGUUGUUCUCUUAAAGGACAAGAGAACUGGUAUGCGACAAGGAAGUUGUUUUGUGAAAUACUCAACAUUCAGUGAAGCUGACCGGGCUAUUAAGGCUUUAAACAAUCAGUAUACAUUUCUUGGGGAAUCAUGUCCUGUUGUUGUCAGAUUUGCUGAUCGACGUGAGCGUCUUGGGGUUCGAGGUCCCUGCCGAAACUUGGAAAAGAAAGACCCUUCAGAAGAGGCGGUACUGGUGGAUAAAGUUUUUGUUAAUAAUAUCAACAGAGAAGCUUCAUCUAAAGAAAUUGAAGAAAUAUUUUCACCUUAUGGGCAUGUUGAAGAUGUCUUCAUUGCGACAAAUCGUGGAUAUGCUUUUGUCAAAUUUUCUAAUAGAGAAAUGGCGCUGGCAGCGAUCAAAGGGUUGAAUAGAACAUACACGAUGAGAGGUUGUGAUCUUCCAUUUAUUGUUCGUUUUGCGGAACCUAAGAAACCCAAAACUGGAGAAUCAAGGGGCAACUAUGUAUCUGGGAAUGCAAAUUUUGGUCCUUGUUCACAAGAAUCAGUAGCUUGGCCACUGCCAAAUUUUGGUGAUCCCAAUACUGGAGGGAAUAUUAUGCCUAUUGCCCCACAUCAUUCCACAGUUCUACACCCGCAAGUUGCUUCUAAUAUGCCAAACUGGCAACCUGGCCCUACUGUGGCACAACAGCCUUUUCUUCCCCAACAAGCACAUUCACAGUUGGCUUCAAUGCCUUUGCAGUCAAUUCAAGCUCCAAACUUCCCUUCUCAACCAUUUAUUACUGAGGUGCAGCGACAGUCUCAUUCAACAGAUUCAUCAAUUCAAAAUAUAGAGCAGCAGCUAAGUUCUCAGCUGCCCAAUCAGAUUGGAAGCAAUCCUAAUACAGUUGCCGGAAGUAUCUCACCUGAUCUGCCUACAAGUCCCCAGGAUGAAGAAUUUCCAGAGUGUGACUGGAGUGAACACUACUGCCCUGAUGGUGAUAAGUACUACUACAAUAGUGUCACUUGCGAAAGCAAAUGGGAGAAGCCGGAGGAGUAUGCCUUAUAUGAGAAAGAAUCACAGAAACAGCAGGAACAGAAAGAUAAAAGCUGUCUUUUCGCAAAAUUGUCAUUGUCUUCCUCUCAAGAAGUUGCUUAUAGACAACAGGAAACAAAUCAUGAUCACUGGCGGUCGGAAACAAGUCUUGUUGCUGGAUAGGUGUGAUGUUAUUUUUCUUGUUGGGCUACUGAAGUCACAUAUUCUUAACAAUUAUUAUUAUUAUUAUGAUAAGUGGCCUAACCUAAUGUUUCUUAGAGGCUUUGCAUUUCUUAUUACUUCAAUGGCCGUUACUAAUCUGUAACUGGGGAAUUUGCUGAAUUUCUGAUUGAAACUUAGUAAUUAUAUUAGGAAAUAGAAGACCUAUUUGCAAUCAGAGAUAACCCUCAGUCCACCUCAAAUUCAUAAGAAAGUAAGAAACUAAGAAUGGAGAUUCUGUUCUACA